GACACCUUAAAGCACAAAAGAAAGAGCUAGCAGAAAAGGCGUAAAGAAAAAACUCAUUCAAUAUGGCAACUCCUCCACUACCUGAAAAACCCUCUCUCUUCACUUGGAUAAACCACUACAUGGCGGAAACCGGAGUCGGGAAAUACUUCAAACUCGCCGAGCGAAACACCACCUUCACCUCCGAGCUUCGAGCAGGGACAGCCACUUUCCUGACCAUGGCUUAUAUCCUUGCAGUCAACGCCAGUAUCCUCACUGAUUCCGGUGGCAUUUGCACUGUAUCUGACUGCAUCCCACUCUGCUCUGACCCGGGAAACUGCAAACCAUUAGAUGAGUCGUGUAAAUUUCCUCCGGUGAACCCGGGCUACGCUGCCUGCCUUGAAAGGACUCGAAAGGACCUCAUUGUGGCCACUGCAGCUUCUUCUUUGAUAGGGUGCCUCAUUAUGGGUGCUAUUGCAAAUCUCCCUUUGGCGUUGGCUCCUGGCAUGGGCAUAAACGCUUACUUUGCUUAUACAGUGGUAGGUUUUCAUGGGUCCGGUAACGUGACCUACAAAAGUGCCUUAACGGCCAUUUUCAUUGAAGGGUUGAUCUUUCUGUUGAUAUCUGCAGUAGGGUUACGCGCCAAACUGGCUAAACUCAUUCCCAAAACCAUCCGAAUCAGUAGCUCCACCGGCAUCGGUUUGUUUCUUGCUUUUAUUGGGCUACAAAACAAUCAAGGUAUUGGACUUAUCGGAUACAGUUCUUCAACUCUGGUUACGCUCGGGGCCUGCCCGAGAUCUUCACGGAGAGCAAUAGCUCCCGUUGUAACAGCCGCUAAUGGCACCGUCAGUUUAGUGGCCGGUGGUACUGUAUCGGGCAAUAUUUUCUGCUCCAACAGUAGACUAGAGAGUCCAACAUUUUGGUUGGGAGUUGUUGGUUUUGUGAUAAUUGCAUAUUGUCUAGUGAAAAAUGUUAAGGGUGCUAUGAUAUACGGUAUAGUCUUCGUUACGGUGGUUUCGUGGUUCCGUAACACAUCUGUAACGGCGUUUCCUCCCACAGAGUCGGGAGAUUUGUCUUAUCAGUACUUCAAGAAAGUGGUGGAUGUGCAUGUUAUACAGAAAACUGCUGGAGCCUUGAGCUUUAAGGGUAUCAAUAAAGUGAGCUUUUGGGAAGCACUACUCACAUUUUUGUACGUUGACUUAUUUGAUACCACUGGCACACUAUACUCAAUGACCAAAUUUGCUGGGUUCACAGAUAGUAAUGGAGAUUUUGAGGGUCAAUAUUUUGCAUUCAUGUCCGAUGCUGCAUCAAUUGUGAUAGGAUCACUUCUAGGCACGUCUCCGGUGACCACAUUUGUCGAAUCAUCCACAGGAAUACGUGAAGGUGGACGGACAGGCCUAACAGCAUUAACCGUGGCAGGUUUUUUUUUCUUGGCUUUUUUCUUUACUCCGUUACUAGCAUCAAUUCCACCAUGGGCAGUAGGGCCGCCGUUGAUACUGGUCGGAGUUCUGAUGAUGAGAUCUGUGGUGGAGAUUCAGUGGGAUGAGAUGAGACAAUCCAUCCCUGCAUUUGUUACAAUUAUAUUGAUGCCAUUGACGUAUUCUAUAGCAUACGGUUUGAUAGGAGGGAUUAGUACUUACGUUGUUUUGCAUCUUUGGGAUUGGGGAGAAGAACUUUUGGAAAAAUUUGGAAUUCGGAAAGGAGCGAAGGCUGAUGGUUUGGCAAAUCAUGAAGCUAAUGGACGUAGCAUUUCUGCCCAAGGAAAUGGAAAAUUAGUUCUCGACAUUUAGAGGUGAUCUUUUCAUCAGUUUAUUUUA